AGGAACAAAAGAGCUGGUUCCAAAUGGGUGAUGAAUCUGUGCCUCAUGUGUCUCUAGCGGUUCAUUCUGGACAUCAAGCGAAGGACUUGGGUCCCAUGAUGCGUGUAGCUUCACGAGCAAUUGAUUGGCAACUCACACAGAUUCCUGAUGUUUCCUUCUCCCCAAGUACUAAAACAUAUAGAAUUUCAACAUCCCACACAGAUGACACUGUAUUGGAACAUCGUCACAUUCGUAGGACACAUGGCAGGGAACUGACAGAUCAUCCAGAGGCCGUUAAAGGCCUCUCACAGUUGCCUCACACACUGUGGUCACAGGGGCCUACGGAUGUUGGCUUAACCACCUGUUCGCCUGUGACCUUUGAACUUAAAUCUGACAUUCCAAUAUGGCGUCCGCAGUACCGACAUUCACCACAGGCAGAGGAAGGCAUUGCAGAGACUAUUGAAGGGCUGUUAAAGGUGGGGGUGUUGGAGCCUUCCACGUCUCAAUGGAACACGCCUAUUUUGCCAGUGGAAAAGCAUGGCACAGGGGUCAACAGUUAAGGUAUACUCGGUUGCCACAGGGAUUUGCUCUGUCACCGGGGAUUUUUAACCAGGUGUUGAAGCAGACGUUGGAACCGUGUGUGAUGCCGGCUGACUGCACUCUGGUUCAAUAUGUUGAUGACCUCCUGAUUGCCGCUCCCACGGCAGACGCUUGCUUUCAGGCCACCAUGACCGUGCUCAGGAGACUGGCAGAGGCGGGCUUUAAAGUGAGUAAAGACAAAUUACAGUUGGUGAGACCACAGGUGACUUUUUUAGGGAGAGAGGUGAAACAGCAUAUGGUGGGGAUGAUGGCUGCUCAUAGAAGUGCCAUUCUCUCCCACCCGCGGCCGGAGACUGUGAAAGAGAUGCUUUCCUUUUUAGGUCUCACAGGCUACAGCCGGCAGUACAUUCCAGACUAUGUGGGCCGCACUAAGCCUUUGCGUGAUUUGGUAAAGCAGCAUGGAAUGAGAGACCUGACUGCUAAAUUGAACUGGACGAUUGAAGCUGAACAAUGCUUCAUUUCUCUGAAACAAGAUCUUUCUCGAGCAGUGGAUUUAGCUGUGCCAGAUUACAACAGGGACUUCUUUUUAGAUGUUUCUGAAACAAAAGGGGUGGUGAAUGGCGUUUUGUUUCAGAAAAAAGGGGGAGGUAGACAGGUUUUGAUGUACAUUAGUGUAUGCUUAGACAACAUGGAGAAAAGGCACCCUACAUGCACUCAGCAUGUAGCUGGAGUGGCAAAGGCCAUCCAGAAAGUAGCACAUAUAGUUAGAGGACACCCACUGAGAGUGUUAACAACACACAGUGUGGUGGCUUAUGUUAUCUCACAGGCCUUCACCAUGACCCCACUUAGACAACAGAGGCUCAGCAAAGUGCUGGAGGCCCCAAAUUUGACUUUUACACAUGAAGGGAUAAACAUGGCAGACCAAAUGGGGUCAGGGGAACUGCACGACUGCGCUCAGGCGGUCUGGAAAGAAGAGAAGACAAGACCAGAUCUCAAAGCGGAAGCCAUGGAAGGAGCAGAGGAUCUCUUCACAGAUGGCUGCUGCUUUAGGGACGAGAAGGAGGGCCUCAAGGCAGGCUAUGCAGUGGUAAGUAAAAGAGGGGAGCAGCUGGAGGUGAUCAAAGCAGCAAAGUUGGAAGGGCAGCAGUCAGCGCAGAUAGCAGAGGUGAUUGCACUGAUUGAAGCCCUUAAAUAUGCUCGAGGAAAGAAGAUAAACAUUUACACUGAUUCAGCCUAUGCCUUUGGAGCUGCACAUGUGGAGCUGGGUCAGUGGAAGAGAGCUGGAUUCCUCACUACCAAUCAACAACCAAUCAAACAUGAGAAGGAGAUGAAGGCACUGGAAGAGGCGCUGGAAGGACCCCUGGAGGUGGCAAUAAUAAAGUGCAAGGGGCACGACGAUUCGGCCACCUGGGUUGCUCGAGGUAAUCGAGCAGCGGAUGAAGCAGCCAAAAAAGUGGUUGGUUACACGGGGAUCAGACAAAUGGUAAGUAUGGGAAUGGAUUGGCAAGAAAAUCCAGGGCUGGAACGCGAAGAGAUCAUAAAAGAACAGGAGAAGGCCUCUCCAGAAGAAAAGUCACUCUGGAAGGAGAGAGGAGCCAUAAACAUUUGGAGGGGGCCAGAUGGAAGACCAGUGUUGACAGCAGAUAUGGCAGAGAAAAAGAUUAGAGAAGCUCAUGGCCUUGGGCAUGUGGGUGUGGCCCAGAUGGAGAGGAAUCUCUGUCAUUGGUGGCACCCAUUCCUGAAGGACAUGUUGAGGGAGCAUGUGCGAACCUGCCUUAUCUGUGGCCAACACAAUUCUAAACCUACAGUGAAACCAGAGAUGGGUAAGUUUCCCCUGGCCCAGAGGCCGGGGCAGGAAAUAGUGAUUGAUUAUACAGACAUGGUGACACCAGCGCGGGGCUUCAGAUACCUGCUGGUGAUUGCGGGCCAAGGACAGGAGCAGACGGUGCCAGAGGCGAAGUGGGUGUGGCUGAAGGUUUGCAAACGGAAGUGGAAUGAGCCCAGGUGGACAGGUCCGUUCGAGGUGGGGACCAGGACCUCACAUGCAGUGCAGCUGAAGGGGAAAGGUGAAACCUGGUACCACUGGAGCCAGUGUGCUGUAGCGGAAGAGCCUAAGAGGUCGGAAAGGCUCUUUGCAAAAGAAAAGAGGGGGAACUCGGCUGAGGCCCCUCACAUGGAUCCCAGCCCAGGGACAGAAUAA